GAAGGCAACGACUGUCUUGUUCUGAAGGCGUCAGAUGAUGUUGUAUGCGGUGUGGCGCUGAUCAAUCAGGCGCAGAAGCUGCAUUACCAGCGUUGGGGCGAGUGCCUCCUCUUAGAUUGGACGCACCGCACCAAUCACCUCGGCUGGCAUUUAGGUGAGCUGAUGGUAACGGGAGGACAUGGCAAAGGGCUUUCCGUGUGUGAGAUGAUCGUGGCCGACCAAAAAAAGGAGACGAUGCGCCAGUGCGUGCAAUUUUUCAAGGACCACGUUGGUGCAAAUAUUACGGAGACAUUCGUUAUUGACAAAGACUUCCAAGAAUGGGAUGUACUCGAGGAAAUAUAUCCUGAGGCUAAGGUACUGUUGUGUCAAUUUCACGCGUUGACC